AUGCGUGAUAUUGCUCAAAAUGUAGCAGGAAAGGAGAUUUGUUUUACAAAUUCUGUAAGAGACAACAUGGAUAGAAAAGUCCGGCAUAUUUCCCAUGUAAGAAUCGAACACUAUCAAUGCUCUUUUAGUAAGACCCACAUUCGUUCGUUUUUGGAUACUGGCACAUUGGAAGAUCGUGUUGUAAUUGACAAAUCUUUUUUGAAGGCAUUAGUAGCAAGUUGGGUGUGUUUGAGGGUGUUGGAUUUGAGUAAAUCAGGUAUACAAUGUUUGCCGCACUCAAUAGGUGAAUUGUUGCAUUUAAGAUAUAUAGAUAUUUCAUACAAUGUUCUUCUAGAUGUGCUUCCUCAAUCAAUUACCAAGUUAUUUAAUUUACAGACAUUGAAAUUAAAUAUCUGUAUAUUCUUGAAAGAGUUGCCAAAAGAUUUGAUGAGGUUGGUUAACUUGAGGAUAUUGGAUAUAACUGAUUGUAAUAGCCUGACUAACAUGCCAAAGGGCUUGAGUAAGUUGACUUACCUUCGUGUGCUAAGUAAGUUUGUAUUGGAUGGAUCAAAGGCAAGUCAGAAGCAAUGGUUUGAUCAGCUGGGAGAGCUAAAAAGACUUAAUAGCCUGAAGGGUGAACUUUUUGUCCAAAUCAAUUUUGUAGAAAAUGCCAUAAAAGUUAAGGAAGAUAUAGAUACGGAAGGAGCAUAUUUGAGGGGUAAGGAACAUCUCAAACUUAUUAUAAUAAACUUUGAUAAUAUGGGGAUUGAUGAAGAAGGAAGGAGAUUAAUGGAAGAGCUGCAACCACAUCCGAAUCUCAAGGGAUUAGAGUUGGUUAGUUGUGUUGGCAUGAGAAUGCCGAGUUGGGCUAGGGAAAAUAAGUUGGCGACCUCUCUCCCUAAUCUUAAUAGAUUGCAUCUUUACGAUUGCGGGAUGGAGGACUUGAUAUGCCUUGGGAAUCUUCGUCAUUUGCAACUUCAGCAUGGCACCAAUACCACUUUGGAGAUAUCAGAUUGCCCUAACUUAAAAUUGAUUCUGCUAUGUCCCAACUUAGAAGAACUGAAUAUCAAAAAGUUCAAUGAAAGACUCCAAAUAACUGUGCAUAUUACGAAAUUGGGGGAUGAAAAGGCGGAUGUAAGUGGCAGCAGUACUGGUUCUACUACUUUCUUAUCUUCAUCCUCUUCUUCAAAUGAUGUUUCCAAAUUAAGGAAAGUUAGUAUAGAUGAUGUUCUAUGGCUUAAUUCGUUUCCCAGAGAAGUAAUUCACUGUCUUGUUGAGCUGUGUAUAUUCCAUAAUUUUGAGUUGGAGAGUUUGAAAGAAGCUGGGGGUGUGUUCAGUAGCUGCUCGUCUUCCCUGCGAUCCUUGGAAAUUGGAUAUUGCUAUCGUAAAUUGAGGAGUGUUAUUUCUGGAGGAUUGGAACAUCUCUCCGCCUUGGAGGCUUUAUCAAUCUCUAGUUGCCCUAAUAAUGUUGUUUUGAAGGUAAUGUUCUUAGGCAGUAGAGUUUGGUGCUUGAGAGGGGAGCCUCUCGAGAAAGAGAUGAGAUGGCGGGAAAGAAAAGGGAUGGAGUUGCAGAGGUGCCAUGGUUACACAUAUACUCAAGACUUGAGCAUCAAAUUAACCAAGGGGGAGUAUAUUGAUCUAUCCAGCCAAACACACAAAAGUAAUAAUAAGACAGAGUUGAGUAAUAUUUGUGGCAAAGAUGAUGAAGCGAAACAAUUAUGGUAUGGUUCUUCUACUAUAAUCCUUGCCAUCGUUAUGUUGACAACCAUUUGUGUACCAGCAGUUGCCCAAGGUGUCACUGCAGAGUUUAACAAGGGUUUUCGUGCACUUGACUGCCCUUGUUAUCCAAUUUGCCUUUGCAAGUGA